UGAUCCAGACUUGAAAUCUAGGCCCGGCCCAUAUCAUCAACUCUAAAAUUUUUGCUUCUGAGUUCUGACGAGGAGGAAUGCGAGAGAGAGAAAAACAGCAGCAGUAAAAAUGGCGCCGAAAAACAAAAGAAAAACCUCUAAUCAGACAAAUCCUCAACUUUCAGACGCUAGGAAUUUGCAAAAGCAACAUCAUCCUAACAAUGAUUACUGCUUUGAAGGCGACCAUCUUUUCCGUCUACUCCAUUCCUUCCAAAGGGUAAUUGAAUCAGAAUUAGAGUCCAAUAAAACAUUGCCUGAGAAGUUGUGGUUCAAGCAACACUUUGCUGUUGGGAUCAAUGAAGUAACACGGAUACUGGAACGGAUGAACCCAUUAAGUGAUGGUAGAUUUGCUGCUGACCGAGGGGGUUCUCCUCUCUCUCUUGUUAGUCAGGGCCGGGGCUGCCCACCCUGCUCUUCUGUCAACAAACUUCAGGCUGUGCUGGUUGCUUCAGACUGCAAUUCAAAAUGGCUCACUAAGCAUCUACCAAGCUUAGCCACUUCCAGAAACGUGCCACUUAUCUAUGUUAAAGACAACAAAGAAGGUUCUCUGAGAUUAGGCGGAAUUGUUAAGGUGAAAACUGUCAUUGCUCUCGGAGUUAAGGUGAAGCAGAGUAGCAUCAACCAACGUGUUGAAGAAUUUCUUAGUCGGGACGAGUUAACUGGAGCUAAAUGCAUAGACUCCACAGAGCUGGCCAAGGUGUUUUGUCAUUGAUAUGCAAAUUGGAGACAAUUUUGAGUCUUUGAUGCUGGCUUGUAGGAGACUAAUGGUAUUAAUACAUACAAAUACAACCCUACUAAAACAAGAUGUAUUAUGAUGAACAUGUUUUAUGUCAUCUGAUCUUUGGUCAUUCUCAGAAAAAGAUAACAAACAUAAUUUGUAUUUGUAGAUUGUGAGAUUGUUUUUUGCCCUUUUCUAAAGGAAAUGUAAUACUUCAAGAUUAGUAGGUCAUAUAGGACAUAUUUAAUCCAACCGGUGUUGUUGGUCCA